CUCCCUCCGAACAAGUACGGUGUACACAGUGGGUACCUCAUCCAUCACGUCCCAAAUAACAGAAGUGAUAUUGCGUUUUUUCAAAGAAAUAAUAAGAUGCGAUUGCUAGCAGUGGUCCUGCUGCUUUGCGCGUGCGCCGUCCGUGCCGAAGAGGGUCGACAGGUGCCGCAGACGAUGCGCACGCAGCUCAAGGUGGGGCGCUCCCUGGGACCUACCGAGACUGUGACGGUGCGCACCCGCGAAGGCGGCACGGCGAGGCUGGUGGUGGCGCAGCGCACGGGGCGCAGGGUGGGCGACCUCCCGCCCCCUCCGAACCCGGCCAACCGCCCCGUGGAGGCGCGCGCCAUCCCCGUGCCGCCCCCGGUCGACGUCAGGUCCGAGAUCUACGUCAAGCCCGAGAUGAGGAACAGGGCUAGGAGCUUGGAAAUGGAAGACGGGAUACCCGUCGUGACAGGAGUACGAGUCCCCGACUCCCCGGAGGACAGGUUCCACGUCUGGAGGAACGCCCGGGUCAUCAACAACGUCCUUCAGGACAACCCGGCCGCAGCCAGCGGCAACCAGCUGGACGCGGUGGUCACCCCUUCCCCUCAGGUAGGCCCUGGCAAGUACGAGUGGCUGAAGAUGGAACCUAUAAGGAAGCCGACAGAAGCGACCCUUCCGGAAUUCAUCCUGGCAGCUAAUAGGGAAGAGACUUCAAGGCUCCGUGACGGAAGAAGGCUCUCAGGAGCUGCAUACCCCGACAAGCUGGCCUACACCUCGACCGCCGAACGGAGAGCAGAAGAAGGAGUCCGUACCCCGGUACUUCAGUACGCCCAUCCGGACCUCGGGGUACAGACCGCCAAACCCGUCCAGGAACCGCAAGUCAACGAGCACUUCCAGAGGGACCAGGCACUCGCUUACUUCGCCCACGACAUACACUCUGACAGGUAUGUUGAUGCUGCCAGGAGCCCUUACGCCUUCGAGCCGGGCCUAGAAGAGGAGGCGCGCCUGGAGGUCUUCGGCCAGAGGUCCAACUCCGGCAAGAGGCAGCCCUCGAGCUACGCAGGCCCCAACCACAUCGCGCCCUACGGCAAGUAUGCGUACAAGACCGUCCGCGAGAAGCCAUUUUGGGAAAAGGUGAAAGAGCAUAUGGAAUACGGAUACGAAACGAUGUCGAACCUGGCGAGACCCGUGGUGGAACCCUUGGUAGAGGCGACCCACAAGAUCUCCGAGAACCUGGGUUUGGUACCCGGGACGAGGCACCUCAGCGAGAAGUUGGGAGUGUCUUCCUCCAGCGGAGUCCUCAUACCUGCCCUGGGACUGGUCGCUGGUGGGGCGGCCCUAGGUCUUGGGGCCGUGGCAGUUGGCAGGUUCCUAGAAGUAGACAUGUUGAAGAGGAGCGCUAGUGACGAUCCUGAACUUCGACGAGCCUUGGAAGGAGCCACCAGGACGAAGAGGAGCACCGAAGAGGAACUGCAAGAAGUCGAGAACCCCAGUGGAGUUACUCCGACCGCAGGAGAUCCUGCCGACUGGGGCAGCACACCAUGCGCCAAGAGGGUCUUCUGCAACGUCAUCACCGCCAGGUCGCAGGACGACAUCACCUUCAUGGAGAAGAAGAUGUCCACCUACCUCAACAUGCUCCACCCGAGCAUGGCGAGCGCUGUGAGCGGUCACUUGGACGAUGUCAUGGCGGCCAUCAAGAAAGGAGAUUGCUCGGUCUUCAAGUGUCCCAGCGGGAGGUGAGCAGGACUCCAGGACUCCUUGUUCCUCGCAGGACAUCUUCAUCCUUGUACAUAGCGCCAAUCAGAUGUAAUUAGUUCACCAGACGGGUCUCGGAGCCGUCCGCUCCAGUGUAAAUAGAUGUAAUCAUGUAAUUUAUGUUAAUUUUUAAAUCCCCUUGUAUAUUGUAGCCUAAUGUUAUUUUUAUUUAAUAAUUGUAACGCUACUAUUUUAACAUGUAAUUAAUUUUAAUAAUAAAACUAUUUAUAAC